CACCAGCAGUGAUCCGGCAACUCUGUCCACGGUCACCAUUGUAAAGGUUGAAAUGUUUUCGAUGUUUUUGAAGCCAACAUCGAUGUGGCCAUCGAUGAUUCUCCACCUCUAAUAAAUUGUCAAUAACUUAAGGCUGCCUGUUUUUUAUUUGUUGUGCGGCCGAAAAACGUUAUUUUCGCGAGUGUCUAAUCGUAGAAGUGUGCGUUCGUUGCGUGUGUGUGCAUUUUGGCCAGAGGCCCUGGGAUCGCGAAGGCCCAACAGAGCCCCACGAAAAAAAAAACAAAUAAUUGUGCAAUAGGCAAUGCGUAAGGACGAUGUGAGCUGAGCGCUGAGGAUAGAGUCACUCGGGAACACGGAACAUCAGCAUGUGCCUGGCGGAGCACCAGGGGGACCGUCCGACAAAGCCCCCAACCAUCAUCAGUAGCAGUAGCAUCAGGAGCGGCGGCAGGAAAAGUAAUCGGGGACACCCAUCGGGGGACAGCAGCAGCAGCAGAAGUAUCACCACCUCGCCCACAUUCAAUGCCAAGUACAGGCGAAAAUGCCUCCUUCUGCUGACGCUGCUCCUCUUCCACGGCUGCUUCAGCGGCCUGCAUCGGGCCAAUGCCUUUAACUGCACGGCGCACGGCGGACGGUGCCAGAACGACGGCCAGUGCCAGGAUGACGGUCAGUGCUUGUGCGCCGACGGCUGGCAGGGACCGGAGUGCCAGUUCUGUGGCGGCAAAGUGCGCAUGUACCACCCCAUGGGCACGAUACACGACGGCUGGGGCAACUAUUCGGUGAGUGUCAAGUGCAGCUGGCUAAUCGACGCCAGGCACUCACACUGGAACCGGCGACACAACGCCAAUCCACCACGGACGUACGCCAACAUUCGGAUUCACCUGCGCGAGUUCGCCACCGAGUGCGGCUGGGAUCACCUCUACAUAUACGAUGGUGAUAGUGUCGACUCGCCGCUGCUGGCGGUCUUCAGUGGCCUAAUGUACCGGGGGAACUUCUCCAUUCGCCGAGUGCCGCAGGUGGUUGCAAGGUCUGGCACAGCCCUGGUGCACUUCUUCAGUGAUGAUGCCUACAACAUGUCCGGCUUCAAUCUCACCUACAAGAUGAACGGCUGCCCCUCGGAUACCGACGAGGAAGAGUGCUCUGGUCAUGGCAAGUGUCGGGAAGGCGAGUGCAUCUGCGAGCCCAUGUAUAGAGGCGAGGCAUGCAACAUUGCCGCCUGCCCCAACGACUGCAUGGAAUCCAAGAACCAGGGCAGUUGCCGUCUCGACCAGGAACGCUGUGGCUGCUACGAGGGCUAUGCCGGAGACGACUGCAGCCAGAUCAGCGCCCACGGCGCCUGGACCUCUGUGCACCCGAAGCACUCGCCGGCGCCAGCGGGCAGCGCCUCGCAUGGCGCCACUGUCUGGCGCGACACGCUGCACAUCGUGGGCGGUGAGUCAUACGGACGGGGCGAACUCAUGAACACCUACGACUUCAAUGGCAAUGUGUGGGAGACUGUCCACCCGGAGGAUGGCAGCGAGGUGCCGGACAAGCGGUACGGCGCCUCCACGGUGAUGUACGGCGACAAGAUCUUCAUGUACGGCGGCGUAAUCAAGGGCCAGGGCAUAUCGAACGAGCUCUGGGCCUACGACGUGUCUGCGAAGACCUGGUCGAAUAUUUCCGUGCGAACCGAUCCCUCGUGCAGCGGAAUGUGUGGUCCGCUGCAUGUUGUGGGCCACACGGCGACCCUGGUGCCAGGAUUCGGAGACAAGAACAACUACCAGUACAUGGUGGUCAUUUUCGGGCACUCGCCGCACUACGGCUACCUCAACACCGUACAGGAGUUCAACUUUGGAUCGCGAGAAUGGCGCAUCAUUCCCACAAGCGGAUACGUGGUGAAGGGCGGCUAUGGCCACAGUGCCGCCUACGACUUCCUCACGGAGAAGUUGUACGUCUACGGGGGCAUCGUGUCGGAGAGCGAGUCCAGCCAAGUGUUGAGCUCCAGGCUGUACGCGUAUGAGCCCGCCACGCGGAUUUGGACCAUGCUGUCGUCGGCUCCGAGUGCCCGGCUCCUGCACACGGCGAACUUUGUCAAUCAGGGCCUGAUGAUGGUGUUUGGGGGAAAUACGCACAACGACACCUCACAGAGCCACGGGGCCAAGUGCUACAGCCAGGACCUGCUCGUCUACGAUGUGUAUUGCGACUCGUGGCACUACCACCCGAUGCCGGGCCACCUGCAGGCGGACCUGGCCCGCUUCGGUCACAGCUCGGUGGUGUUCGAGGACGCCCUGUACAUCUACGGCGGCUUCAAUGGCCAGCUGCUGAACGACAUGCUACGCUACCAACCUGGCUACUGCAGCUACUACACUAAGCAGGAGAAGUGCACGUCCGCCCGGCCGGGAGUGAAGUGCAUCUGGGACGUGCAGAAGAUGCGAUGCAUAGCCAUCACCCAAGUGCAACGAUCAGCCAUCUACGGCCGCGAGCAGUACGACUACGUGGCUUGCCCUUCCAAGAGCCGGAUCACGCUUACCUCAGAGCUGUUGCACGACGUCCACCGCUGCCAGGAGAUCAGUAGCUGCCAAUCGUGCGUCUCCACCGCUUUUGGGUGCACUUACUGCGGGAAUGGGGUGUGCAGCAAGGAGCGUUGUCGCGAAACCACCUCAGUGGCUACCGUGGAGUCAUCCACCCAGCUGGCCAUAUCCACGAUGGGCCCGCCUGUGAUUGCCAAGCACCUGGACUCCUGUCCCGUGGCCGAGGACUUCCUGAUGCAAUCCGUCUGCGGAAAACUUCACAAUUGCCGCGCCUGUUCAUCGAACUUGGCGUGCCGCUGGGACUCCGAACAGAACCGCUGCCGAAGCUACACUUCCACGGGCGGAUACGGAGCCAAUAGGACACAUGACCUGGACGCAGCCUGCACGCCAGCGUGUGCCACGCUGACCAAUUGCCAGAACUGCACGGAGGAUGAGUGCAUCUGGUGCCAGAACGAACAGCGUUGUGUGGACCGCAAUGCCUACACGGCCAGUUUUCCGUACGGACAGUGUCGCGAGUGGACCACCUUCACGUCCAAGUGUCGAUCCGCUCCAGCAGUGCAGUCGACGGCACUGAGCGUGGGCAGCACCACCGCCCUGUCCAGCGCCCAGUGCGGAUUCUACAACAGUUGCCAGCAGUGCCUGGAUGACCCCGCCUGCGGAUGGUGCGACAACGGGUCGAACACUGGUCUGGGCAGAUGCGUGGUGGGCGGCGCACUGGCACCUUACGAUGACACGGAAUGCGCGCUGAAGCACUGGUUCUUCACCUCCUGCCCACGGUGCAACUGCAACGGGCAUUCGUACUGCAACGACCAGCAGCACUGUGAACAACCCUGCAACAAUCUGACAACCGGAGCCCAUUGCGAAAAAUGCCGCACCGGCUACUGGGGCAAUCCCAUCAAUGGCGGCAAGUGCCAGCGCUGCGAGUGCAACGGCCAGGGUGUCUACUGUCAUCCGGACACUGGAAAAUGCUACUGCACUACCAAGGGCAUUGUGGGCGAUCAUUGCGAGAAGUGCGACUCGCAGAACCACUACCACGGCGAUCCGCUGAAGGGCUCCUGCUAUUACGAGCUAACCAUUGACUACCAAUUUACGUUUAAUCUGUCGAAGAAGGAGGACCGCCACUUCACACAAAUCAACUUCCGCAACUCCCCCGGCAAGCCAGAGAUCGAUGCUGACUUUACAAUCACUUGCAGUGUCCCAGCCAAGAUGGACAUCUCGGUGAAGAGGGCCGGCUCGCCGGACAUGCUCAUUUUGGUGGGGGUCAACUGCUCAACGUUCCGGCAUCGAUUCCCCAAGACGGAGUACCAGUUCGGUCACUCAUCGGACGAUAACAGCUCACUGACCACGUUCUACGUGUUCGUACACGACUUCCAGCCCCCCAUCUGGAUACAGAUUGCCUUCUCUCAGUAUCCCAAGCUCAAUCUGCAGCAGUUCUUCAUCACCUUCUCCUCAUGCUUCCUUCUGCUGCUUCUCAUGGCCGCCGUCCUCUGGAAGAUUAAGCAAAAGUACGACAUGUUCCGCCGACGACAGCGCUUGUUCGUCGAAAUGGAACAGAUGGCAAGCCGACCGUUCUCUCAGGUGCUGGUUGAUAUCGAGAACCGCGAGACUAUUGAUCUGAGCCUUAUGUUGGAUGGGAUUGGACACCUGUCCAAAAAACGCAAGAAGGAAUGUCCCAGUCCCAUUGCUUUGGAGCCUUGUAGCGGCAACCGAGCCGCUGUGCUCUCGCUUCUAGUCCGGCUGCCCACGGGUGGCCUUUCUCAAGCGCCGUCUGGCCAUUCCGCCGGACUGGCAGUGGCCAGCGCGCUAGUGACGCUCGGCAAUCCGCGUCGGCCGUCGAUCGAACAGCACCCCAAGGAGCCAAAAGCGAAACGCAAGCAGAGCCAGCACCCAGACAGUUGUACAUAAUAACCCCAACACUAUGCAUACCUACAUAAAAUAAUAACGCUAAUGAUAAUGAUAAUAAUUACGAUAACAUAUAACUAGCAAAUAGGUACAAGUAUAUAGAAUAUUUGCCCCGACUUUAUUCAACUAACCACACACAAAAAAAAGGAAAGCUAGCAAGUUGAUAAUCCGCAGUUAUUAUUAAUUUAACGCUUUAGAAUAGUUCCGAAAAGAUAAACAAGACAAAACAAAUUCACAAAAAAGAAAGAAACAAACAAGUAAUAAUAAUUUGUAGCAAAAGGACAUAUUUAUAUAUGGUUAUAUAUAUAAACAAUUUGAUAUAGUUGAUAGGUCGAGUAGCGUUGCAAUAGUUGUAAAUUUUUAAUUUAUUUAUACUGUGUACGUGAGUUAAGUUCAAUGGCAAAACAGCUGUAUUUAAAUGAUUAUUGUAUUUUAUUUUUUUACUUAACCACAUAGCCUAAGCGUGUUGUUAGAAUUUAUUUAUGCAAAUAUUUUUGAGCUGCAUCGCCAGUAGCUGCACCAGAAAUGCCACAGAUAUGUCAAAACAAAAACUUAUUAGGAAAACAAAGACAUUAUUUGAUUGUAGCCAAACGUGAUGAUUAAUAACGAUGAUGAAGACGAACUCCAGAAGUCAGGCAAAAGCGAUAUAUAGGUAUAAACGGAGCAAGGUGACGGAAAUACGCAAUACUGUGUUCAAAAUAGGAAUAUUUCUGUUUUUUAAUCCGUGAAAAUAUUUACAACGCAAGACGCGAGUGGAACAAGACAUAAACCGAACAGAACAAAAUCAAUGCAAGUGUACAUAUAAAUACGUAAAUUAUUAUCGCUAUAUAGAUAGUAGAUAUACACUCUUGAUAUAGCUCUUGAUAUGAGAAUGCGCCCAAACAAAAACAAAAACAAAAUUAAAAUCAAACGAUAAUAUUGUACAUGCAGUCUAGAUGAGAUCCAACAUUUAACAAAUUCAAAUUGAAACACAAAUUAAUCGUAAGGUUUCCUCUUGGCAGAUAAACAGAAAGGCAACAAGCAAACUUUAAAACAAAAAACACUUCACACGGUUAUUUAAUUCAAUUCAAUAAAUCAAACUAAAUCACAAAUUUACUCGACGCACUCUCUGUAAUACUGUACCAAACCAGAAAUGGGAAAACCUUUAGAAUCAAAAGACACUCGUCUAAAACUUUUACUAACACAUAGAUAACUUGAAAGUACACAAUUUCCUGCCCGGGAUGUUGACGAUCGCUUCUGGAUAGCAAGACACAAGAUUUUACAUUUAUUUUAUAUAUUGUACGUAUGUUUUAAUUCCUUUUCAAGUUUCGAUUUUAAAAUGUGUGUAGACGACAUAAAAAGACAAAAACUAUUCAACAAAUCUAUAAAUACUUGCCAGCCGAGUUCCAAAAAAAAACACCCUCAGAAACUAUAACUAAUAAACAAUGAAAGAAAAUUAUAAUUAAAACAAUUUCUUGUUUGUUAUCCAAGAAUUUUAAGAUCCCCAACAGCAGCAGCAACAGCAGCAAGAUAUACAUAGAUAAAAAAUCAUAUAUUAGUUUAUUAACCAAUAAAAUGACACUCCAAAUGUACUCAAUGA